UUUCCACUUGCACAAACAGCUACUCAGUGAGUCAGUGAUAGAGUGAGCGGGUGAUGAUAAGUUAUAAGACACGACCGUUAAGUUAAACCUCUUCAAUUCUUCUUCUUCUACCUUGCAAAAGACAGUACCCCAAUGAUACCUAACAACAACCGAACCAACUGAAUUUUAUCAUAGCACUUAGUAAUCUUAGUAGUAAGAGAGAUAGGCCAUGACCAUGGCUUUAUUAUCUAAACCACCACCACUACCCCUGUCACCGUCUCUUCACUGCCGAUACUCCGCCAACCCUAUCGCUAAAUUUUUCUCUCCUAUCAAUUUAUCUUUUCCAUUGAACCUUACGACGUCGUUUAAUUCUCGCGUGUUUGCAUCAAAGGCUGGAUCGGACGGGUCGGAUUUAGUGAGGAGGAGACCGACUGUACGUUCUGAGAAGGAGGAGGUGGGUAGAAUUGUUGAAGAUGUUGAGGGCAUUAAUGGAAAUAGAAAUAAUUAUAAGGAUGAUAAUGAUGACGGAGAAUUGGUAGAUUGGGAGGACCAAAUUUUGGAGGACACUGUUCCUCUUGUUGGGUUUGUUAGAAUGAUUCUUCACUCUGGCAAAUAUGAAAAUGGUGAUAGAUUAAGUCCAGAGCACGAGAGAACUAUUUUGGAGAGGCUGCUUCCAUUUCAUCCGGAGUAUGAAAAGAAGAUUGGGUGUGGAAUUGAUUAUAUUACGGUUGGUCAUCAUCCUGAGUUUGAAUCGUCGAGAUGCAUGUUCAUAGUAAGGAAAGAUGGACAGCUGGUCGACUUUUCGUAUUGGAAAUGCAUUAAGGGCUUGAUCAGGAAGAACUAUCCGUUAUAUGCAGACAGUUUUAUCCUCAGACAUUUCCACAGGCGUAGGCAGAGUUGAUGAAGGUAGUACACCCAACUAGUUGACCAUAAUUAAUAUAAACGUACGCUGAACAAUUUAGUUCAUUUCUUAUUGUUGAAAUGAUGUCAUAUGUACAAUAUUUAUGGUAAUUAGAAGUAAAGCUGUUCAAGAGGAAUUGAUAAUUUUGAAUCUUCUCAACUGUUUCUCACAUUCUAUGGUGUUAUCUGAAGAUAGAAGAAGAAAUAAAUGAAUCAUCUUCAUCGCCCA